AUGGCGAGAGGGCCAAACGUCGCAAUGGUUGAUGAAUUCAGAGACUGCCACGUGGAAACAAACUUUGAUCUCUUCGUCAUGACAGCUUCUGUUGCAAAUUCGUUGAUAACCGUUAACCCUGAUGAGCUUCGCUUCCAAGUUGAGCUGGACAAGCAGACAUAUUGCGAUCUAAAAGUUCUGAAUAACACAGAGCACUACGUUGCCUUUAAGGUCAAAACCACUUCGCCAAAGAAGUACUUUGUACGGCCUAAUACUGGUGUUGUACAUCCAUGGGACUCGUGUAUCAUCAGAGUCACCCUCCAGGCCCUACAAGAAUACCCUCCAGAUAUGCAAUGCAAGGAUAAAUUUCUCUUACAGAGUACAGUAGUGAAUCCAAACACCGAUGUUGAUGAUCUUCCGCCAGACACUUUUACUAAGGAUAGUGAAAAGUCAAUAGAGGAUUUGAAACUAAGAGUGGUAUAUAUCUCUCCUACGUCACCCAACGGAAGCACAGAAUAUGAUACAGCCAAGACCCAUAAACUUGAUUCUUAUUCUUCAGACCGUACUGCACCUGAAGGAGGAGAGAGAUGCUGUUGUCUUGCAAACGCGGCAACUGCAACAGGAAUUGGAUAUGCUGAAAAGGCGAAAAAGUCGUCGAGGGGAUCCAGGCUUUUCCUUCACUUUUGCAUUGUUCGUGGGUCUGAUUGGAUUGUUGACUGGUUUACUUUUAAAACUUUCACUGUCUUCACCACCAAGAGAAUGAUUUCACUCUGUUCAGAACCUUUGCAUGCAGACCCUUUCCUCCCAUUAACUCGAUACGAUUCCUUGUUCUCAAUGGAGGCUUUCUUCAAUUCCCAAUCGUCUUCGAGAAGUCGGUGGAGUUACGAUACUCUCAAGAAUUUCCGCGAGAUCUCUCCGGUGGUUCGGAAUCACAUCAAACGGGUUUAUUUUACGUUAUGUUGCGCUGUGGUGGCUGCUGCUGUUGGAGCCUUUCUUCAUGUAUUAUGGAACAUUGGGGGUUUUCUCACUACGGUGGGGUCUAUUGGAACCAUGGUUUGGUUGCUAUCAACGCCCCCUUUUGAAGAGCAAAAGAGGUUGUCUCUGUUGAUGGCUUCGGCCCUGUUUCAGGGCGCUUCCAUUGGACCUCUGAUUGAAUUGGCGAUAGCCAUCGAUCCUAGCCUCAUCUUUAGCGCUUUCGUGGCAACUUCCUUGGCUUUUGGUUGUUUCUCUGCGGCAGCUUUAGUUGCAAGGCGUAGGGAGUAUCUCUACCUUGGUGGUUUGCUUUCUUCUGGGCUGUCCAUUCUUAUGUGGUUGCACUUUGCUUCCUCUCUCUUUGGUGGCUCAAUAGCGCUCUUUAAGUUUGAGUUGUACUUUGGGCUUUUGGUGUUUGUAGGCUACGUCAUAGUAGAUACUCAAGAAAUUAUUGAGAUGGCUCACUUCGGUGACCUGGAUUAUGUGAAGCAUGCGUUGAAUCUGUUCACUGAUUUGGUUGCAAUCUUUGUGCGGAUUCUUAUUAUAAUGUUGAAGAAUUCAUCCGAGAGAAAUGAGAGGAAGAAGAAAAGGAGAGACUAA